GGGGAGGGGCAGGUGAAGGAGGAAGAAAACUGGGGACUUGGGUGUGUCUCCUAAGCCAUGAUAAUCUCAGGGACAUGGGGACAAGUAAUCACAGGCUAUUAAGGUGGGAGCAGUGGUCCUCAGGCCCAAGUGGGCCCUAGUCACCUAGAGAGCCUGUUUAUCCAUGCAGGUCCCCAGGGCUGCCUGAAGUUUAGACUUGGGGUUGCUGAGAUCUUCCUUAAGCUGGGAAGGCGGGGGGAGAUCUUCAUUUGUAAUAAGUUCUGCAGGCAGCACAGUCCUGGUACAGGUGACCUGCAGCCCCUGCCUUAGAGAUCCCUGCCUGUGGUGGAGGGACUGGCUUCUGGGGCUUUGGAGGCAGUAGUUGGUAUGGGGAGGAUGCAUCUGACUGACCACUGCCCUCAUCUACAGUGUGACCUAGAGUAGGUUGCAUCCUCACAGAGUGUGUCUACAUCUGUAACACCAUGAAGUCAUGGGUGUUCAAAUACAUGGGCAAAGGGCUUUGCACAGUGCUGGAACAGCCACCGUUUACUGAACUCUGACUCAACACAAAAUAGGUCAUCAAUGUGAAUGCCCAGAGGAAGGAAAUAAUAGCAAACAUUUCUUGAGUAUUUACGGUGUACAAUCCCGUGCUAAAUCCUUUCCAUGGAUUAUCUGGAUAAAAUUUUACAACACCCCAAGUAGGUGCUAUUAUGGCCUUUCUACAAUGACGAGACUGAGCCACAGAGAUGUCGAGUAACUUGCCCAAGGUCACACAGCUAAUAAGAACAAAUGUGUAACUCUUCCUAUUCAGAGACCUGGGCAAUGCAGGAAUGGGAAGGAGGAUAAGCAGAUUGUUGAAGGAGCAGCUUCGGAAGAGGAAACGUCCCCUAUGCCCACCCAGCGCACCAAACCCUUCAGCACCGCGGACAGCUCUCAGGGGGCUUGGGUUUCACCCCAGAGAAAUUCACUGAGGACUCUCCCAAGAUGUGGGGUGAAAUUGGGGUCUGGGUAAGGUUCCCGGCCCGCUCGAGGCUGCUCCAAUAGGGCGGGGGCCACCCGCAGGGCCGGGCGGGGCUCUGUUGCCAUCUGGAGCCGCUGCCGCCGGCGGCCACAGUCAAGGCGCGAGCGGCGGGAGCGCACACUCGGCUGGAGGGAGCACAGGCGCCACCGCCGCGGCACAUGGGCCGACCCCGCCGCCCCUAGCCCCGGCGGCCCCCGUCUCGCAGCCUCCCGCAGCUACGGCCACCCGACCAGCCAUGUCUCUCAGCGGAGCCUCUGAGCGCAGCGUCCCGGCCACCAAGAUUGAAAUUACCGUGUCCUGCCGGAACCUGCUGGACCUGGACACCUUCUCCAAGUCCGACCCCAUGGUGGUGCUUUACACGCAGAGCCGGGCCAGCCAGGAGUGGCGGGAGUUUGGACGGACCGAAGUGAUCGACAACACGCUGAACCCAGACUUCGUGCGCAAAUUCGUCCUCGACUAUUUCUUUGAGGAAAAGCAAAAUCUGCGCUUUGACGUGUACAACGUUGACUCCAAAACCAACAUCUCCAAACCGAAGGAUUUCCUGGGACAAGCGUUCCUGGCCCUGGGAGAGGUGAUCGGAGGCCAGGGCAGCCGCGUAGAGCGACCCCUCACGGGUGUACCAGGCAAGAAGUGUGGGACCAUAUUGCUGAUCGCAGAGGAGCUUAGCAAUUGUCGGGACAUUGCCACCAUGCAGCUAUGUGCAAACAAGCUAGACAAGAAGGACUUCUUUGGGAAAUCAGACCCCUUCCUUGUGUUCUACAGGAGCAAUGAGGAUGGCACGUUCACCAUCUGCCACAAGACAGAAGUUGUGAAAAACACGCUGAACCCCGUGUGGCAGCCCUUCAGCAUCCCUGUGCGGGCACUGUGCAAUGGAGACUAUGACAGAACGGUGAAGAUUGAUGUGUACGACUGGGACCGGGAUGGAAGCCAUGACUUCAUCGGUGAGUUCACCACAAGCUACCGGGAGCUGAGCAAGGCCCAGAACCAGUUCACAGUGUAUGAGGUACUUAACCCUCGGAAGAAAUGUAAGAAGAAGAAAUAUGUCAACUCGGGAACUGUGACGCUGCUCUCCUUCUCUGUGGAUUCUGAAUUCACUUUUGUUGAUUACAUCAAGGGAGGGACGCAGCUGAACUUCACAGUAGCCAUUGACUUCACAGCUUCCAAUGGGAAUCCCCUGCAGCCCACCUCCCUGCACUACAUGAGUCCCUACCAGCUCAGCGCCUAUGCCAUGGCCCUCAAGGCAGUGGGAGAAAUCAUCCAGGACUAUGACAGUGACAAGCUCUUCCCAGCCUACGGCUUUGGGGCCAAGCUGCCUCCAGAGGGACGAAUCUCCCACCAGUUCCCCCUGAACAACAAUGAUGAGGACCCCAACUGUGCGGGCAUUGAGGGCGUGCUGGAGAGCUACUUCCAGAGCCUGCGCACAGUGCAGCUGUACGGGCCCACCUACUUUGCUCCUGUCAUCAACCAAGUGGCCAGGGCUGCAGCCAAGAUCUCUGAUGGUUCCCAGUACUAUGUUCUGCUCAUCAUCACUGAUGGGGUCAUCUCUGACAUGACGCAGACCAAGGAGGCCAUUGUCAGUGCCUCCUCAUUGCCCAUGUCUAUCAUUAUUGUUGGUGUGGGACCAGCCAUGUUUGAGGCAAUGGAAGAGUUGGACGGUGAUGACGUGCGCGUGUCCUAUAGGGGACGCUACGCAGAGCGAGACAUCGUUCAGUUCGUCCCAUUCCGAGACUAUGUCGACCGUUCGGGGAACCAGGUGCUGAGCAUGGCCCGACUAGCCAAGGAUGUGCUGGCCGAGAUCCCUGAGCAGCUGCUGUCCUAUAUGCGCACCAGAGACAUUCAGCCUCGCCCCCCACGCCCUGCCAACCUCAGCCCAACUCCAGCUCCAGAGCAGCCCUGAGGAGCCCACCUAUCCAACGCCUAGCAGUCUGCCUGCCUGCCCACCCACUGCUUCUGCUGCAAGCCAUAGAUUCCUGGAGCCCUGGACCUCACUGGGAGGCCAGCUUAGAGGAUAGGAGGUAAUUGGUGGAGCCCUCCGCCCCCUCACCCAUAGAAGGGCCUGGCACUGUCACGACCUCCCUGCCUUCAUGCCAAUAAUAAAGCUGAUCUUUAUUCCA